AUAUUCUCCAAUAUGGCCGCCGAGGAUAUUGUAAAGCAUUCUGUACAUACGUUGGUGUUUCGUUCUUUAAAACGGACCCAUGAUAUGUUUUUACACAAUCACACAUUUCCACUUGAGAAAGAUCCUGAAAGCAAUAAAUUAAGAAUUGAAUGUAAGAUCCGUGAUGAAUAUUCUGCUGUAAAAAAUCUUCCCAUAUUAAAAGAAACAAUCCAAGGAGAAACUGAACAUCAUAACACACAUCAUACUGAACAAGAAACUCAUCCAAUCCAGGAACCACAAAUACUUGGAGGUCAUCCAUAUCCUGCUGCCCCAGGGAUUCCUCUAAGCAAUCAAAAUAUUACAAUUCCACAAGAACCAUCCCAAACUGGAAUUCAACAAGUUUUGAAAUCAUUACCUCCAUCAAAAACACAGAUUGAAGCAAGUAAGAAGACUCCAGGUGUUUCAGAGAUCAGAAACAAAGCACUGUCAUCCGGUGGCAAUGAGCGACUAUCUGGUCCUUCUAAAGCCUUAGUACCAUCAGACAAGAUGUCAUCUUCAGCCAUCGUUCAGAAACGAGCUUUGACAAUGCCGAAACCUGAGUGGCAUGCACCUUGGAAAUUAAUACGAGUGAUCAGCGGUCACACAGGGUGGGUUCGUUCAGUUGCUGUAGAACCUGGAAACAAAUGGUUUGCCACAGGGUCAGCUGAUAGGACAAUAAAGAUUUGGGACUUAGCAAGUGGUCGUUUAAAACUCUCCCUAACUGGACAUAUCAGUACCGUGAGGGGUCUGGUAGUUAGUACACGACAUCCAUAUUUAUUUUCAUGUGGUGAGGACAAACAAGUGAAAUGCUGGGAUUUGGAAUAUAAUAAGGUUAUUCGACAUUACCAUGGUCAUCUUAGUGCUGUUCAUGAUAUUUCUCUUCAUCCAACGAUUGAUGUAUUAGUCACGUGUGGUCGCGACUCAACAGCCAGGGUAUGGGACAUGCGCACUAAAGCGUGUAUUCAUACAUUUGCUGGACACACAAAUACUGUUGCUGUGGUUGAAACACAGGCUGCGGAACCACAGGUGAUUACAGGUAGCCAUGAUUGUACAAUACGUCUUUGGGAUUUAGCUGCUGCCAAAACUAAGGCUACGUUAACUAAUCACAAGAAAAGUAUUCGCGCCAUGGCGUUACAUCCAACACAAUAUGCGUUCGCAACAGCAUCACCAGAUAAUAUUAAACAAUGGAAAUUUCCUGAUGGCAAUUUCCUACAAAAUCUCACAGGACAUAAUUCCAUUAUCAACUGCAUGGCAAUCAACUCUGACAAUGUUCUCGUUACCGGAGGUGAUAACGGUACAAUGUAUUUCUGGGAUUGGAAAACUGGUUACAAUUUCCAAAGAUUUCAGGCAACAGUUCAACCUGGUUCUCUUGACAGUGAAGCUGGUGUAUUUGCCAUGAUAUUUGAUCAAAGUCAGAGUAGAUUAAUCACGUGUGAAGCUGAUAAAACUGUGAAGAUAUACAAGGAAGAUGACACAGCGACUGAAGAAAGUCAUCCAGUUAACUGGCGACCAGAGAUUCUGAAACGAAAACGUUACUAAGAAAUGUGAAACAGCGUGAAGAUGAAGGUAUUUUAUCUUUGCUGUACGUCACUUUUAUCAGAGACCUGAUCAUUUUCGAUUCGCCAAAACUUCUUUUUGAAAGGUGAGAUUGCGAGUACUCGACUAAGCCACAGUGGUAAAAAAGUAUGAGAAACAACAAUCAGGCUUAUGUACAUAGUUCGACUUUAUUAACAUACCUGCGUUUUUAUUUAUUUUUCUUUUUAUUAAUUAUAAAGUCUUUUGGGUUACUCCACCAAAGUGUAUGAUCAUAGUAAUGACGUCGUACCAUUAUUAAAUUAUGAAAGAUUAUUCUCUGCUUGUUCGCGGGCAGGGAACGAGUUGGUUCGCGGGUACAAAACAAUCACAUAAAUGCGGAAAAUAUAUCCGAAGCCGGCGAAGGUGGAAACACAUUGAUUAUCGUAGCCAGUGAGCUCUAUAUAUAUAAUUAUAUAGAGCUCACUGAUCAUAGCGUAAUUUUGGUCGGUUAAAAGGCGAAAAAGAAAAGCCUGAAAUCUCGACCGAACGGGGCGAAGGGGCCUAACUGUCCGGCAAGGACAGAAAGGAUUGUUUAAUUUGAAAAAUGACGCUCAUGCUUAAAAAAUUUUUCAAAAGAGUGAUGGAAGUUAGCUCAUACGGUAGACUUU